AUGGCCAACAAGAACUACUCACUUCAUCACUUAAUUCUUAUUGUGGCUUGCAUCGCCACUAUGAUGACGGCGGUGGCCGGAAUUCGCAUAAUGACGAAGAUUAUACCUUCGUCAUCAUGCAAUGGGACGAUAGGAGAGUGCAUGGAAGCAAAAAAGGAAUUGGAGAUGGAUUUCGAGAACAGCAUGGAGAUAUUUGAAUCAAUGAAGAAGGUGAUAGGGAACGAUGCAAUGAGGAAGAAUGGAAUUCCAUGCUCGAAGAAAGAUAAUGCUACUAAGAAUUGUAGACCGGGUCCUCCUGCCAACCGUUACAACCGUGGCUGCAGUCCCAUUACUCGAUGCAGGGGUGGUAGUGGUGGUGGCCAUGGUUCCACCCAUAGUUAA